AUGACCACCUCAACCCUCGCCCCCAACCACCCAUCAGAACCCUCACCACUACCAGUCUACGACAUCCUCACAAUCGGCUUCGGCACCACCGCCCUCUCUCUCGCCGCAAACCUCGCUUCCACAAACCCCCAAAGCCCUCCAACGACCCUCCAUCUCGAGACCAAACCUCAGUCAGCAUGGUCCCCCGGCCCCUCCCUCCCAUCAGCACACAUGAGCACAUCCUUCAUCUCCGACCUCGUGACUUCCAACAACCCCCGCUCAAAAUACACGUUUGUCAACUUCCUUUCUGCCCGCAACCUCCUCGUCGACUACACGAAUCUGGGCCGUGUCCAACCAUCCCGUGAGCUCGUGCGCGCGUAUUUGCGGUGGUGUGGGGAGGAGCUCAUUCGUGAUGGGGCGGAGGUUAGGUUUGGGUACGAGGUGGUGGGGGUUGAAGCGCUUAAGGGGAAUAGCGGAGCGGUUGAGGCUUUCAAAGUCCUCGCGAGAGCAGGGGAGGGGGUGGUGAAGGAAUGGAGAGCGAGGAAGGUCGUGUACGCGAUGGGCGUGCGACUUUUCAUCCCUCCCACGUUGAGUGACUCAGGGGUGAGAGGGGCUGUAGUGCAUGCGGCGGAGUUACGGGAAGAGCUUGAGAAGAGAGACAAAGAGGGUUGGAAGGGACGGGACGUCGCGGUUGUGGGUGGUGGGCAGCAUGCUGCUGAGGUUACGGAGUACUUGAACUCGAAAGUGCCGCGGUACAAAGUCACCAUUCUCAUGGAAGAGCGACAUUUCCGAGCGGAUGAAGAUACUGCUUUCACAACAACAACGUUACAAACCCCCCACGCCCUCUAUCCGCCCGAGUUAAUCAGAGGAAGAGUGCUACACGAGAGCACACCGUACCCCACCGCCUCCGCGCCGCUACUGGAUUCACUGUAUGAAGCGCAGUAUAACCAGCGAAUCCCCUCUCGCCAGAACCCUAACCGCACCUCUACAACCCGCUUUUUCUCCUCCACUACAGUCACUGGCGCACGCCGGGACAACAACGGCAAGAUCAUUCUCUCAACUACCAGUGACGGGAGAGCGAGUGAGGAGGCGUUUGAUCUCGUUGUAUCCGCCACGGGGUAUAGACGACACAAUUAUGGCGCUCUUUUCGCCGGCCUGACCUCUAUCUUAGACGGCAUUGUUAGCGUGAAUUGUGAUUAUGCUGUAAACUUUCGCCGAGGGGUAUUGCAAGAAGGCUGCGGGGUUUGGGUAUUGGGCAUGCUGGGAGGAAAGGGGGAAGAUGAUGUUGAUGAUGCGCUCUUCCGGAUUUUGUGCGAGAGGUCGAGGAGGGUUGUUGCGAGUAUGUUUGGAGACGAAAGGGUGGUUAAGGGGAAGCAGAGUGAGGUCAAAACAGUGAAGAGUAAGGAAGCAGUUCGGAUUGAGGAUCAGGCGAGGCUAUGA